CCGCGAUGCGCGGUUUGUUGUGAGUCGUUUAAAGAAAGGUUUGUGCACUUUAUGUUGAAGUCUAUGUUUUAACAAGUGAUGUACAAUUAGUUACUCAUGAUUGGUUUUGUAAUGCAGUACCUGGCGUUGAUGAGUUUGUAAGUGAACAGGGUCGAAGCUCAGUCAGUUUAUGAGCAGAAACCGGUCGCGGUCCAGCAGAGACUGGAAGCAGGGCACGCGGACGACCCCCGCUGGUCAGGACUCAGAGCUUUCACACACUUCAUCGAAGUGGAAUCCGUGUAAUGUAACUGAUCUAGAAAAAUGAAGUAACUAACCAUGCAGUGUGUGUGCACAGUUAAUACUGUUUUAUUGGUUUGUGUUCGGAGCUUGUGCUCUGACUGAGCCCUUGCUAGUGUGCACUUGCUAGUGCGCUGACUGUGAAGCUGGUUGAGACGCACUUUGAGGUUUAGUUUGGAUUAAGUAGUAGUGUCCAAACACAGAAUACAUCCUGGUGAAGCAACAGACAUCCUAUUGUAAAUAUGACCUUAAUUAAAGAGGAGAGUGAAGACAUGAAGAUCGAAGAAACAUUCAGAGUGAAGCGGGAAGAUACCGAGGAACAAACAGAAAUGAUGCCAUUGAAAGAGGAGAGUGAUAUUUUAACCGAUAUGGAAGAGAAAGAUCAGUAUGAGAAACAUCACGAUUUUAUAACUAGAGAUGAGUCUUUUAGUUGCUCACAGAAUGGAAAUACUUCCUCAAGAAAGAUAGGAACAAGACGUUAUUUUGCCUGCUUUCAGUGCGGGAAGAAUUUCAACCAACCUGAAAACCUUCAAGUACACAUAAAACUUCACACUGGAGAGAAGUCUUACGCGUACCCUCAAUGUGGAAAACAAGAUGGGAAACUUAAAGUCCAGAUGAGAUUUCACGCUGGAGACAGCCCUUUCACCUGUCAACAGUGUGGAAACAUAUUCACUCAGAAAGGAAGCCUUAACAGGCACAUAAGAAUUCACAUUGGAGAGAAGCCUUACGCUUGCCCUCAGUGUGGAAAGAGUUUUGAUCAACACGGGAACCUUAAGGUCCACAUGAGAGUCCACACCGGAGAGAGCCCUUUCACCUGUCAACAGUGUGGAAAAAGUUUCAGCCAAAAAGGAAACCUUAGUUAUCACAUGAGAGUCCACACCGGAGAGAGCCCUUUCACCUGCCAACAGUGUGGAAUGAGUUUCACUGUAAAAGGAAGCCUUACCAGACACAUGAGAAUUCACACCGGAGAGAAGCCUUACACAUGUCCUCAGUGUGGAGAGAGUUUCGAACAACUUGGAAACCUUAAGGUCCACGUGAGGGUUCACACUGGAGAAAAGCCUUACGCGUGCACUCAGUGUGGAAAGAGUUUUGAUCAACACUGGAACCUCAAGGUCCACAUGAGGGUUCACACCGGAGAGAAGCCUUACACGUGCACUCACUGCGGAAAGGGUUUCGAUCGACAUGGAAACUUUAAAGCCCAUGUGAGAGUUCACACUGGAGAGAAGCCUUACGCGUGCACUCAGUGUGCUAAAAGUUUCACUCAAAAAGGACACCUUGAGGUCCACACGAGAAUUCACACUGGAGAGAAGCCUUUCACCUGCCAACAGUGUGGGAAAAGUUUUAGCCGAAAAGGAAUCCUUGACAAGCACGUGAAAAUUCACACUGGAGAGGAGUCCUUCGUCUGCCCACAGUGCGGGAAACGUUUCACUCAAAAAGCGAACCUUAAAGUCCACAUUAGAAGCCACACCGGAGAGAAACCUUUCACCUGCAAGCUCUGCGGGAGGAGCUUCUCACGAAAAGAAAGUCUUAAGAUUCACAUGACAAUCCACACCGGAGAGAAGCCGUUUGUUUGCGCUCAGUGCGGAAAGAGUUUCAGGUGCAAGGAAAUCCUUAAUUCCCACAUGAGGGUCCACUCGGAAGACACCCAUUUUAGAUGUCAUCAGUGCGGAAGGAGUUUCCGAUUCAAAAAAAACCUCAAUACUCACAUGAGAGUUCACUCCGGAGAGAAGCCCUACUCGUGCCAUCACUGUGGAAAGCGUUUCGUCCAUAAAGUGAGCCACAAGAAUCACAUGAAGAUUCACAACGAAGACAAGCCCUUCAUGUGUGCUCAGUGCGGAACGUGUUUCAAGUACAAAGCCACCCUCAAUGCCCACAUGAGAGAUCACACGGGCGAAACUCCGUUCACCUGCAAACUGUGCGGGAAGAGCUUCUCGCAUAAAGGAAAUCUUAAGACUCACACGAGGAUCCACACCGGAGAGCAGCCGUUCGCGUGUGAGCAGUGUGGAAAGAGUUUCAGGCGGAAAGAAACCCUGGAUUCCCACAUGAGAGUCCACACCGGAGAGAGCCCUUACAGCUGCAAGGUGUGUGGGAACGGCUUCUCGAGAAAGGGCAACCUGAACACUCACAUGAAAAUUCACACCGGUGAGAAGCCCUUCGUUUGUGACCAGUGUGGGAAAAGUUUCGGACGCAAGGAAACGCUUAAUUACCACAUGAGGAUUCAUUUAAGAGAGAACAGUUUAACGUGCCACGAGUGUGGAAAGAGUUUCACGGACAGUAAUCUCCUCAAGAAGCACGUAGUGAUUCACAUCGGGGAUAAGCCUUUCAUGUGUUACUUCUGUGGAAAGACUUGCAAAAGCAAAUCAAACCUUGAGAAUCACAUAAAAGUGCACACCGGGGAGAAGCCGUUCACCUGCCAGGAGUGCGGAAAGGGCUUUACAGUGAAAGGGAACCUUCACAUUCACAUGAGAGUCCACACCGGAGAGAAGCCUUACAAGUGUCCUCAGUGUGAGAAGUGUUUUACGUAUCCAAAAGACCUGAAACGUCAUAUGCAAAUGAAAUGCGAAAAUAAAGCCGUGUUCUGAGUGUAAUAAGGUUUACCAAGCGGAACGUUUCCAGAAACCGCCUGCACUUUAUUUGGAGUCUUUGUGCAAAAGGCUUUAAAUAGUCAAUCAAUUUAAAAUAUGUACGUGCACACAAUACUUUUUCAGAACGUUGGUUCCCAGCCAUAUUCCUGGAGCACGCGUCUCUUUAGUCAAACUCCUGAUUCAGCUCAUUACGUUCAGAGACAUGCAGCAUGGGUUGUGUUGGGAGAUCUGGGAAUGUGGUUUGGUUUAUUUUUGAUGCCAUUCGAUACCUCAGACAAAUAGUAGAUCAGGCAUGGGCCACUCUGGUCCUGGGGCCCGUUCUCUAAAGCGCAUCUUUUUGGCUGUCUCAGAUGAAAAAGUGCUGAUUUCUGUGAUUGAGCCGGUAAUCAGGUGUCGGUAGGAGAGGUUUGUACAGCGGAUCAUUGCACAUUUACUGACCGAACCAAGAAAGAUCCAACAUGAAUUCAUCUUAUAAGAUUGCCGAAAUCGCGCAGUGUGUUUUGGGCAUAACAGUUUGAUUGUAGUUCAUUUUCACUUGAUUUUGAAGCUCUUCUUGGAGUUGCCGUCAUGGCAACAGGUCCAUAAAUUAAUCCUGUACAAAUUCUAUAAAGUGUGAAUAAAAAUAACUGGGAAUCAUAUAAAUAUAUUAAAAACAGUACAUGUUUUAUUUAUUUAUUAUAACAUGUAUGUCGUUUUGUUCGCUCUGCUGUUUCUUUCUAAAAGGUUAGCUCCAACCCUAGUCAAACACACCUAAACAAUCUACUUGUCCUUUUGCGUCAUUGACACGUUAUUUUCCUAUUUAAUACUGUAAAACUGCUUUGACACAAUAUGUAUUGUUAAAAGUGCUGUAGAAAUAAAAGUGCCUUGACUUGAUUUGACUUCAAGAUCACUAGAAAGCUAAAGAGGCGGGUGUCUUUGAUUAGGGUUGAAUCAACUUCCAUCUUCUGUUACAUGCCACAUUGUGAAAGAAAAAUUAUGAAUAAAAUAUUUUUAGUUAAAGAAUGCCCAGGUAAACGUGUUUUUCAUUUCUUGUCUUAGAGUUUAUGGAUUUAUGGAUUACGAUAAGCUUAGAUGAAACAUUAAUUGGAAGCAUGCUAGGUCAAUUGCAGACCCCUAGGACCAAGGCUGAAAAAGGACAGGGCUGAAGGCCCGUUCACACCAAGAACGAUAACUAUAAAGAUAACGGUAUCGUCAGUUGAUCACACGCUCGCCUGCUUGUAUAUUUCACACAUAUACGCUGUUGACGUGUUAUAUAUCUUUUUCCAAUUCCUAAAACUAAUAAAAACAAGCAAAUGUGGUUUAACCCUUACAUAGUCCACGACUUCU